AUGUCAACAGAUGGAACCUGGCUGCUGACCGUGGAGGAAGAGUCUGCCUUGUUGCCAGCCCGCCAUGCGUGUGGGGAGCUCCCUGCAGACUGCCAGAGGCAAGUGCCCGCUUACGCCGAGCGCGUGUCGCAAGCUCGCGUGCGCGCUCGCGCGAGCUCCCGCAGCAAGCGUGCAGCGGGCGGGGAACGACGGAGCAUCAGACUGAUGCUGGACAUGAAACAGCCGCUGAGGUGGAAUGCCGGGGUCCUGCGCCAAUUGGACCUCCGCUUCGGGGACGUCUCACAGGAGCUCCGCUACAAGCAGAGUCUGAAUCGUGAGGUGCUCUUUGGCGGCUUGGUCUGCGUGGCGGCGGGCGCUAUUGGCGUCGUUGUGGCUGUGCUUCCGGCGAUUGUGCGAGAAGCCAGCCGAACGGAUCUGCCUUUGGAGGGCUUUGAUGCCAGGGUGGCAGUGUUCUGCACCUGGGUGGUGAACCUGACGCUGAUGAGCACCCACAUUCUCCUCAGCGCGCUCAGCCUUGCGACAGGCUGCGCGUCAAGCUGGAACUGGGAGGCUUUCUUUGCACUGGUCGUCUCGGUGUUUGCAGCGUCCAUGUCGCUGGGCAACUUCUGGCACCUGCCACUGCUCGCUGGGCAAGAUCCAGUUUCCCUCUGGGCCCACGAUGCCAGAGGCUCCGACAUUUUUGUGUUACUCGCCAUCGACGCCGUGCUGACAAUGGUGGCAAUGUACGUUCCGAUCCGCUCCUGCAUCCUUUGGAUCCCCUUCUUGUGUGCAGUGGUGCCGUACAUCGUGAACACCCUCAUGUUGCGCAGCGUGUUUGCGGACAGCCACCUGAUCCUUGGCGCGAUGUUGGGCCUUGGUGCGAUGGCCUACCACGGUGCUUUGCGCCGGGAAACAACCCAUCGCAACAAGUGGAUCAUCGAACAUGUGGUCGAGGAGGCGGAGGAAGUGAUCCUGCAGCAGAACAGCACCAUCCAGGAGACCACGGCGCAAGUCAAGGGCCUCCGCGUUGUUGCAGAGGCUCUUUGUGACGUGAUCCUGAAUCUGGACAGCAAGUUGCAUGUGUGCGGGGCCGGCGUGCAACAGGAUGGCUUCUUCGAGACGCGUGUAGAGGGCAAGAGGUUCGCAGAGCUUCUGACAGAGUCUGACAGGAGCCGCUUCAAGCAGUUGGUGGCAUCGUCCAAGGCGGGCUUUCCCGUGUGCAUGCCUGCCACCAUCCAGAAGCAGUUCCUGACCCACGAGGUGCAUUUACUCCUGGUGAAUACUGGGGAGUCAAGGGGGGCGCAAUUCCUCGUGGGCAUCCGGAUCGAAUCCGAGCAAAUCCUCGCCCAGGAGGAGGGGGACCCCGCAAGCAAGACUACUGGUGCUGCAGGCCGGCGAUUCCAAAGCGUGGUGCCGACCUCCGCGGCGAAUGUGGACUUUGAGGAGGAUGACCUGAGCUGCAAGACCUAUCCGAGAUGGGACGAGCAGGCAGUGGCAGCACCCACGCCGGCAAGAACCAGAGCUUUGUGCAUCAAAAAGGUGAUGCCGCGCUGGCAAGUGCUGCGGGAUCCUGCGUCCUGUUGCCAGGCAGCUGCUCACCAAGUCCCGAUGUGA